AUCGCUGGCGGAUGGUGUGGAUGUGAUGAUAGAAGUGUUGCAGAGUCAUUGUGAGUGAAUGAACUGAUCCAGUGCUGAAUUAAAGCCUCAUCCAUUCAUCCAUUCACUCAUCCAUCCAGCUCUCAGCUGCCGACAGCAUGCCUCUGUUCACAGUGAACGUGAAAUGGGGGAAGGAGAAGUUCGACGCGGUGGAGCUGAACACGGAGGAGCCGCCCAUGGUGUUUAAGGCUCAGCUCUUCGCACUGACCGGCGUUCAGCCCGACAGACAGAAGGUGAUGGUGAAAGGAGGGACGCUGAAGGAUGACGAGUGGGGCAACGUCAAAAUCAAAAACGGAAUGACGCUGCUGAUGAUGGGUUCUGCCGAAGCGCUACCCGAGGAGCCGGCCGUACGACCCACGUUCGUAGAAGACAUGACGGACGAGCAGCUGGCUUCAGCCAUGGAGUUACCAUGUGGACUGACCAACCUGGGGAACACUUGCUACAUGAACGCCACCGUUCAGUGUCUGCGCUCGGUGCCCGAACUCAAGAGCGCCCUGAAGAAGUAUUCGGGAGCUUUGAGAUCUUCUGGAGCCAGCGCACCUUCUCAGUACAUCACAGCAGCUCUGCGUGACCUGUACGAGUCCAUGGAAAAAACCUCGUCCAGCAUCCCCCCCAUCAUCCUGCUGCAGUUCCUGCACAUGGCCUUCCCCCAGUUCGCAGAGAAAGGAGACCAGGGCCAGUACCUGCAACAGGAUGCCAACGAGUGCUGGGUCCAGAUGAUGCGCGUCCUCCAGCAGAAGCUAGAGCCCAUAGAACCCGAAACCCCAAUGGAGACGGGUGACAGUGAGGCCGGAGCUGCAGCCUCGAAGAAGAACUUCAUCGACCAGUUUUUCGGGGUGGAGUUCGAGACGACGAUGAAGUGCACAGAGUCGGAGGAGGAGGAACCUACCAACGGCUCAGAGAGCCAACUGCAGCUCAGCUGCUUCAUCAACCAGGAGGUGAAAUACCUGGCAACCGGGCUCAGAUUGCGACUGCAAGAAGAAAUCACCAAGUUCUCUCCGUCCCUACAGAGAGACGCCGUCUACACGAAGUCGUCUAAAAUCAGCCGCCUCCCCGCGUACCUCACCGUUCAGAUGGUUCGCUUCUACUACAAAGAGAAAGAGUCCGUAAACGCCAAAGUCCUCAAGGACGUGAAGUUCCCCCUCAUGCUGGACGUGUACGAGCUCUGUACCUCCCAGCUCCAGGAGAAGAUGGAUACCAUCAGGUCCAAGUUCAAGGACAUGGAGGACAAGAAGCUGGAGAAGCAGCAGCAGAAGGUGGAGAAGAGGGUGGAGGCUCAGAAGGAGGUGAAGCUUGAGGACUUCUCGUUUGCUGACGAUCUGGGUUCGAGCAACAGCGGGUACUACGAGCUCCAGGCUGUACUGACGCACCAGGGACGGUCCAGCUCCUCCGGUCAUUACUUAGCCUGGGUCAAGAGGAAAGAAGACGAAUGGGUGAAGUUCGACGACGACAAGGUGAGCGUGGUGACGCCCGACGACAUCCUGAAGCUGUCGGGGGGCGGAGACUGGCACAUCGCCUACGUCCUGGUGUACGGUCCACGCCGGCUGGAAGUGAUGAAGGCGGAGGAGCAGAAACAAUAACCUUCACACGCCCUCGUUCAUCCAUUCAUUCAUCUAUUCAUUCAUUCAUUCACGUCGUCUGCAAGCACUGUCGCAUUACUGUGCAAUAAAGCUGCUGUUUAUCAGUCCCACCUUCCCAUCGCGUCAUACUGGUCUCAUACUGGUCUCAUACUGGUCUCAUACUGGUCUCAUACUGGUCUCUGUACUGGUCUCAUACUGGUCUCUGUACAUGCGCUUGAGCUACAUUAUGUGGACAAAAGUAUGUGGACGCCCCUUCUAAUGACUAAAUUCAUGUUAAAUGGGCACAAAUUCCCACAGACAUACUUCAGAUUCCUGUGAGAAGCUGGAACGAUCACAUUUGUCUGGUGUCCAAAUACUUUUGGUCAUAUGGUGUAGGUCAGGCUUUCUGGGGUGUGGGGUUGGACGAUAUGUCACCGGAUAUCGUGAUAAAAUUGAGCUAAACUGGUACAGUGAGACGUUCCUGAGGGGUAAAAAGCACCUUUUUCCAAAAGUAUAUGGACACCUGAUCUAGACAUGAGCAGUCAUAUGGAGUGUGCCUGUGGGAAUCUUUGCCAAAAAAGGGUAUGAUGCCAUUGAGGACAUUCCAGUUCAUCCCAAAAGUGUUAAAUAAAGCUGAGCAUGGCAUCGUGGGCAGUGGGGAGAUCAGCGGGUUUAAAUUGGCCCCUGAGCGAGGCCCCUAAACUGAUGGUUUAUUUUAUAGUCUUCAUUCUAUACACCUAUAAAGCAAUGGCCGAACUCGCACCCGAACUCCGACAUUUGAAGGCGUGUCCACAUACUUUUGGCCGUAAAGUUUAAGGGUCCAACUGCAGCCUCUGCCUACUGUCUGCAGUUUGGUAUGUUCUCCUCACAAGCCGUUUUCCCCCACGAACAUGACCGGUGCAAGGCCGGAGUACAUCCUGUAGAGGGCGCGGUUUACAUCGGGGGCAGCCGAUCCACCUCCUGUAACGAUAUACACUAUAUGGCCAAAAGUAUGUGGACACCUGACGCACACAGAUUUUGGAGUGCGUCUGUGGGAAUUUGUGCUUCCGUACGGUCGAGUACCGGGUGGGGUGGGGUCGAGGUCAGGGCUCCUUCGCUCUGUGAGGCGUCCACAUGCUUUCGGCUGAACGGUUCUGAUCGGCCCGGUACACGAAAGUUUGUGCACCCCUUGAGAAUGACGCCCCCUAGAGGGCGCUGCAGUCUAAUGUGCUAUUUAAAGCCACGGCUCUAAACCAGUGGUCUGUUCUUCAGUUCAUGUGGGGACGGACGUGGGGGGACGUCGGGCCCCUGAGAAAGGCCCCCGAGCCUGAUCGCUGUAUCUUGCCUCAAUUGUUUACACAUCACACACAGGCGACUUUAUAACAGCGUCCCAGGGUCAGCAUCGUCACCGCCCACCGUUCGAACCGGUUGCAUCUCCCAUUCCAAAUAAAUCAAUAAAAUCACCAGAGAUUAUCUGA